AUGAGGUCGUACUACUACGAAGUAGAGGUUUUGGAGUGUGGUGAAGUAGAUACUCUAGAGAGCAUCGUUGGUGUCGGGUUCUGCUCGCAGUUCUUUGCUCUUGACAAGAUGCCUGGCUGGCCUGAGUCGUAUCCUUCAUGGGGCUAUCAUGGAGAUGAUGGUCAGAAGUUCAAGCGGGAGUACGAAGGACAGGGUCAUCACUACUCCGAAAGCUAUGGGAAAGGCGAUAUCAUCGGCGCAGGUGUGGAUUUCGACAAGCAGGAGCUGUUUUUCACGAAGAACGGAGAGCACUUGGUCGCAUUCUGCAAGGACAAUGGUGAUAAGGACAUUAGAGGCAAGUUGUUUCCAAUUGUGGGCAUGUGUCCAAAGGGGGUCAAGGUCAAAGCGAAUUUUGGCACAAAUCUAGAAGAAUUCCCCUUCAAAUAUGGGAUGGUGGCAGAAAGAAAAGAUGAAGAACACCAAUAG